GCCAGCACACACAGGCAUUCCUGAUGCACACAGGAAGGACGCAUGCAUGCUCCUAUGGCACACACUGGGGUGACCCCAUGGCACGGCCCCAGUGCCCCCUGUACCCUGCCGAGGCCGUGCCACCCCCGCGCCCUGCAGCAGAUGUGCCUGGAGCACUGUGUGACUCAUGCCCAGGCAGGGAGCGGCGAGCCCUGCAUCUCUUCCCCCACCCACACAACAAAGGGGUUGUGCAACCGCAUGGCACCGCCGAGCCGCAGCCAGGGGCUGGGGAGGGGGUUGGGGGUGGCACUCGGUGCACCCAAAGCAUUGGUGGAAUGCAUUGCCUGGGCGCCCCGAGGUGCCACCUCGCAGAAGGGAAGGGGACCUUGUUGCCCAAACCUGGGCUUGUGAGCACGGGUGUGGAGGUAGGGCGUUGGUGGUCCCCAGGGGAACGGUGGGUGCAGGGAGGCUGUUUGGUGCAUCUCACUGCAUUUCCCUCAUUUAAGGUGACCUGCAACCAAGGCACGGCCCAGCCUGUGUGGAACCACCCCUCAUCCCUUCCCUCCCCCCCCCUCCCCAGCCCGGAUUUGCGUGGGUGUUUGCAAUGGGAUACACACCGAUGGCGCAGAUAACCCCCUGCACGCAACAGCCAUGUUAAGGUCAUGGGCCCUUAGUACAAUGCCCCGCACCUUUGGGGGCAUGGGGUCAGUGGGGUGGUCACUACUGGGGGCCUGGUGGAGGUGUGAUGAGUGCUGCUCGGUCUCUGUGCAUCCUGGGGGGCAAUGCAGUGCCCCAGGGGAUGGGGAAGGGUUAAGCAGUGCAGGACCCCGAGGCAGGUGCUCCCUUCCUUGUUCCUCCUUGGCGGCAGGCCCAUGGGUUCUGGGGGUUAUCGUCUACCUGGCCAAGCGUGGCUGGGACUUGGCAGCAAAGAAGGAGGGGUGGGCAUGGGGCUUUGGCGAGCACCCCCUUCCUGCACUAUUGGAGACCUGAGCCCCCUUUGCCAUCCUGUGGCCUUUUGCAGGCCAUUGCGUGGUCACAAGAGGUGAUCAGCUCUAAGUGUAUCUUAACCUUGGGGUGUCACGUAUGGGUUCACCUUAUACAGGGUCUUAAAACCUCCUCAUGGCUAAAGCAAGGGCUAAAAGGAUGACCCCAGCCACCAGCACGUCCUCAGGGCUGGGGCAUGGCUGUCUCUGUGGGCCUGAGGAGCUGUUGGUGGCAUGUGGCACCCCCACACUGCAGUGGCAGCUGGAGGAGGGCUGGCACAGGGCAGUGCUCACUGGAGGAGCUGCCUCAUUGCAUCACUGGCCCUCGGACAGCGAGGAGGUGCCAGCGGUGCCGGGAACCUUUGUGGCCACAUCAUGGGGCAGCUGCUGUGGAGCUGGGUGCUGUGGGGACUCUGGGUGCUGCCAGGUGAGUGCCGGGGUCGUCUGCGUCACCGGGGCAGCCGGACACACCACGGUGCCAAGGAGGCACGGGGAUCUGUCCUGCAGCAGCCUGCAUGGUGGGGAGGAGAGAUGGGCACCCAAUGGAUUACAGUGGGAAGCAAAGGGCUUGUUGCUCAGCCUGCCCUUGCUCACACCCAAGCCCCACCAGGGAAUGUGGGAGCAGCAGGCAUGGGGCCCCUUGUCCCAGCACAGGACCCAGCAGAGCCGGUUGGCAGCUCCCACGUGCCUGACAGCAUCAGUGCCGAACAGCAUCAGGAUAUGUCACCCACUGUGCCUGAGUUGGGCACGUGCCAGCUGUCCCCUGGCCGAACAGAGAAGCCUUCUGUCCUCGGAGAUGGUUCAGGUAAUGCCAGGUUGGAGCUGAUCCCUACCCACCAGGGAGCUCAGUCCAGUGCCUGGGUGAGCAGCAUGCUCAGGGGUUAGUAUGGGUGG